AAUUAGGGUUUUUAAUUUGGGGGGUUUUGUGGGAUUAAUUAUACUGUAUGUCUAGGGUUUCGUAGGCGCUGUCAUUGUUCAUUGGUUCGAUUCAUGUCUUGUUUGUUGAAACUGUGCGCAAUUGUGUUUCAGGUUUUCUGCGACCAAUAGGUUUUGAAUCUUUGAUUAUUUAUGGGUUUUGAAUUUGAUAUCAUUUUGUGGUAUGUUUCUCUGACUAUUGCAUACAAUACCUGACAUGGAGUAAAGUAUAGUAAAGUUUGAAACUUGAUUGCUGUUGUAAGUGGGUUUUUGAUAUGUAGGAAUCUCGAUUUACAAUUGGUAUUUACCUCCUGGACUCUUUCUUUUGUCUUUGAUAUUGAAAGACAUCAAAAAAGUAUUUAUGAUUUCUGUUACCAAUGUUGCUGUACUGUUCCGAAGUGACUUCAUUUUGUUUUUUUUACAUGUAAUUAUAUAAGUGGUCAACCCAUAGAUUAUUUUUGAAAUAUUGAAUAGCUUUUGCUUUAUCUAGGUUACUUUAUUAUGGCUUACCAAACAUAAGACUAGGACAAGGGGUUCGGUGCUGGGUUGGUGUUUAUCCCGAGGACACUUGGAUGUGAGGUGGAAGGAGAUAUUGUUCAUAUCGUCGCCUCAUUUACUGGUCUCAGACAGUAAUUGUGGGAGUAGAUAUUAGACAAAUACCUUGUAGGUUCAGCAACUAUGGGUGAUAGAUUUAGGGAACUUCUACCGAGCAGGGUUCUUUACAUUUCUAGGUAAAGUGUUAUUGUUUGAUUAAUGAGUUUCAUCUUAUUCACUUAUUCCCAUGCAUGCAAUACAAUAUUAUAUCCUUCUUGCCUUUCCCGGGGUUAUGUAUUGUUUUGAAUUUUUCAGAUUGGAGCAUCAAUCAGGAUGAUGGACUUCCCUAUUAUUGCUUCAACUAGUACAGCUUGUAAAUUUUCUUUGGUUACGCUGGAAGAAUUUUACACCCUUUUCAUGUCCUACAUGUAAUUUAAUGAGAAGUUGGGUUAAGAAACAGAAUCCAUUAAGCUUGGAAAGUGCAACAUUUCACAAGCUUUUCCAUGAUAAAAUUCAGAAUGUAGUUAUAUGAUUUAUCAAUUACGUGAGCCUACAGACUCAUAUCUCGAUCCCCUACCCUGGAUAUGGUAUAUAUUUAUGCAACUCUGCAAGAGUUAGUGAAAGUGAGUUAACUAAGGGAUAUGAAUUAAUUUUCCAGGGUUUUCAUUUUUUUUGUUUUUCAAUUUUGUUAAAGAGGGCUGAGUAAGGUAAAUUCAUAAAUAUAUGUCAGUCUUGCCUGAUCUCAUAACACAGAUGCUUUCUUUAUGAUAGAUGGCAAGCGCUUGGACAAAUAUGAGCUUUGCAAUCGUACAUAGGGAUAUAGAGAGGGAGUGGGAGAAAUCAUUUUGGACUUAUGGGUAUUAUUUUUAUUAUGGGAGAUUCUUGCUCACUCUCAGAAGAUCUAUACAUCUGCUAAAAUUCUGGAGAGGAUGAGGAGAUCCAAUUUUAUUUCAAUAUAAAUAAUGCUUUGGAGCACUUUUGGAGCAAAUGAGCAAUGGAGCUUGUGGAGCACGGCUCACCUCGAGGAUUGCUCUCUUGGUUUGCUUCAUAGUUUGGUUUUGUUUUUCUUUUGAUAUUGUCAACAGAGUGUAUGCAGAUGAUAAUUGGACACUGAAGUUGUAGUGUUAUUCUAUUUUCAAAUUGUUGGACAAAACAUUUAUCGGAAUUGUUUUUUUUAAUGCAGUAAAAAGUUUUGAGCCGGAAUCUUCUGGUGUCAAAAAUGAGUGGGCGAUUUUCUCGCACAAUCUAUGUUGGCAACCUUCCCUCAGAUAUAAAAGAAUGGGAGGUUGAAGAUCUAUUCUACAAGUAUGGCCGCAUAGUGGAUAUUGAACUGAAGAUUCCACCACGUCCUCCAUGUUUUUCGUUUGUUGAGUUUGAAAGUUCUCGGGAUGCAGAAGAUGCAAUAAGAGGGCGUGAUGGGUAUAACUUUGAUGGUUGCCGUUUAAGGGUUGAACUUGCCCAUGGUGGUAGGGGACCAUCUUCAAGUGAUCGUCGUAGUGGAUAUGACCGAGGCAGUGGUGGGGGUCGGUUUGGCGUUUCACGUCAUUCUGAGUAUCGAGUUAUUGUUCGUAAUCUCCCUUCUUCUGCCUCUUGGCAAGACUUGAAGGAUCAUAUGCGUAGAGCUGGUGAUGUGUGUUUUGCUGAGGUUUCUCGUGACAGUGAAGGGACUUAUGGCUUAGUUGAUUAUACCAAUUCUGAUGACAUGAAAUAUGCUAUCCGGAAGCUUGAUGACACUGAAUUUAAAAAUCCUUGGGCAAGAACUCAUAUUCGGGUUAAAUAUUACGAUAGGAGCCCCUCAAGGAGCCGCAGUAGAAGUCGUAGCAGAAGCCGGAGUGUAAGAAGGGAUCGGAGCAAGUCGUUGGAGCGAUCUGUAUCAAAAUCGGUAUCAAGAUCAGUAUCAAGAUCUAGGUCUCCAUCUCCUGUUAAAUCUUCCAGGCCAAGAUCAAUAUCAAGGUCAAGGUCAAGGUCAGAAUCACCUCGUCCUGCGCGGUUGGGUAGUGCCUGAUUCUCUGGCAAGUCAUCUUCACGGCUUCCUUGGUGUUAGAUGCGAGGAUUUGUUACGUCCGACUUGUUGAAAAUGUCACGUUUAAGAACCUUAGUUGUCCUUAUUGUGGCCAGUAUGUGGUUUUUAUAAUGCUUAGUGAUUUUACAUUUAAUGGAGGCGUAAUGUUGUCGAGAAUACUUGGUCUGUUUCGGGACAUCUUCCCCAAGGUUAUGUCGUCAGAUUUUCUGUUGCUUGGUUGUUUUGAUUGUGUGCGCCCAAAGCAAAACAAAGAUCUAUUGGUUAUGGAGGUUGUGAUGCUACAUGUACCUUUUAAGCUCUUA